AUGUCUCAAUCUCCACCUGCCCAUCACUGGGAAGCUCCCAGUGUCAUUGAUCGGGAUGAUGAGUCGGUAGUCUUCUAUGAAGAUGAACGUCAGCAAUGGCUUCAACAGCACCCACAUGUUGUUCCUCACACCGCAAAGCGGGGUGCCAACAAGAAUCAACGUACCAUGGCAGACCGGGGCCCAAGCAUGGCUGAAGGUCUUCGUGGCAUUGCAGCACGAGGUACAGCUCAUCGCAAUGGAAAUGCUGUGAACAAGAAUGAUGUAUCUACCAAGCCAUUGCCACCCAUUCCUCAGGAAGAAGUCCCUCAGCCUGCCACCACAGUUGGCCAGAACAAGCUUUCCCAAGAUUCUGGGGACAAUAUCAACAAGAUGAGCAUUUAUUACGUACUUGACAAAUCCGAUAUGCAAGGCCACCAAGAUGAAACCCCAUCCUCUCAACAAGGAGCCUCUAAGCCUGUUACUGAAGUUAGCCAGAAGGCAGUUGUCAAUGGCCCUGUGCACUCGGAAAAGAUGAACCCGCGUUUGCUUCUUGAGGAAUGCAAGCUGUCAGGCUACGAUGAUGAAACUCCAUCUAUUCAACCCAGAGAACUCGAGGAAACCCUGCCACCCAUUGCAUACGUUCCACAAAUCGACUACAAUUCGCAGGCCUCCUACGCCAACCAUUACGGUCAUACUCCAACUUCGUGGUACGAAGCUUCCCCCAUUCGCCACGAAUUUUCUCUGGAUCCCCAGGUUGCAGUAGCUCGCAGCGCUACUCCAGAGCCUGAAAUCAAGCAAGAAUUUGAUGAGCCAACCAUUCCAAUGACAGAAAUCGACCAAGAAAACGCAUGCUCCAAACGUGUGGGCCACACCAUGCAGGAACUGCUUGCAUUGAUCAAACAGGAAAAGGAAAAUUGCCGGCUUGCAAAUGAAGACCACAAAGCAGAAAGUCCUCCUUCUGCUUACUCUACGGGUAUUCGCUAUGCCGACCAGGUCCUUGAGCCUUAUUACCAGGCUCCUGACUUUGUUAUUCCUCGUCCGGAGAGUCCUGCAUAUGCGAGCCCUGGAAACAUUCGCGAAUCUACAGCUGCAAUUCCUGCGUGGACUCCUUCGUGGUGGUCUCCGUCCCCAUCUCCUGCUCCAUCCCAUUGUCCAAAAGGAUGUUGCUGGUGGUCUGAGGAUGAGUUUGAUCCUGAAACUACUGCUUCUAGUGCGCGUCUGCAAGAGUCACCUGUGGUGCCUUCAUCUCCCCUUUUCGUCCCUCUCGAGACAGGUCCCACUUGGGAUUCGAAAAACAGCAACGAGUUUGAUGUUCAAACUACUGCAUCUUCUGAGUAUGGUUCACCUAUCCUUUCUUCGCCUCAUUUCUCUCCUCUCCAAGCAGGUCACGAUUGGGAUUCUUCCAAUCACGAUGAUGAGGGUGACACCGGAAUUACCGUACCCCUCGGGCAUGCGUUUGUUUGGGACCACACUAUGCCUGAUCCGCCUCUACUCGAUUCACCUUCAUCUCCUGUUCAAGCUCCUUGUUUCGAGCAUCCUCCCAGCGAUAGUUCUGGACAUUCCUAUGUCGAUGCGCUUCGCGUUGGAAUUUCUCCCACUGAGAGUAUCCCCCACGAUCCCCGGCUUACGACGCUUACUUUCCGUCCCAGAUACAUGUCAUCUUCUACCAGUUAUCCAAGAUGGUUGAGACCAAACCACGUGGACAAUGUCGAGCAGUCAGCCUCAGAGCAAUUGAACAGUAUCACACAGAACUCUACUUUCACUAUGAAUAUUCCCAUCCGCGACGUUUCCCAGCAUCAUCCAGCUGUUCAAAUGUCAUCUGAGUCUACCAACGGUAGACAUAGCCGCGCAGCUUCCUUCGUCAACAAUGAGACAAAUGCCAGAAACUUCUCCAGAAACGCAACUCCGGGUCGUACCAGCCGAAGCCCUGAUGGCUCCAGUUCUGAGGGCUCCGAAGAUUCCCGUGGAACCAAGCGCAAGCGAUUCACCAAGACCCUCUUUGGUAAGAAAGGAUACCUUGACAACAAUGAGGGACCACGCGACAAGAAAUUCAAAUUCUUGAAGGGUGCCAUUCAGAAGGGACAUUCAACACUUGGCAGCAUCAAGGGAAUGGUUUGGGAUCAUAAUCGAGCUUUGAUCAACGUGCCCAAGCCCAGCAUCGUCACCGAGAACACUGCACCCAUCAAUCUGAGCACCAAUGUGCAAUCGCUAAUGUAUGCCGAGGUUGAGAACAUGAUCACCCAUGCAGCCAAUGAAUUCCUGAUGAAGGAGUAUUACAACGGUCAUCUCACUACCAAUUCUCUCAACAAGUUGAAGAAAAAUUGGGAGAAGCAGUGCAUGCCUGGAGUCCCUGAGUUCCGUUUCGACCAAACCACCCAGUGCGAGCUCAUCAGCGCAAACAUCGACCACCUCAGCUUCGGCCAAGCAAGCAACGGCCUUUCCCCAAACAUCAUCCUGGGCAACUGGAAGAAGAUCUGCAAGAACAUGAGCAUCCGGACCUUCGUUGCCCCCGAUUCUGUUGUCAAGAGGCACAUCCACGAUAUCGUGGAUGUCCUGGAGAUUUUGAAGGCUGAUGAGUGCCACCUUGAGCUCAUCAUGGCGCUCAAUGCGCAUGUUCAUGGAGAGCUGAUGAAGGCCCAGGUGAUGCAGCAGUACCGAAACACUCAGAACUCUGCAAGCUCUGGCUCUUAA